AGCCAGCACCGCUCCGACGACUUCUCUAUUUGCGGCCAGUAGGCUUCGAAAGCCUGAUCAGCAUCGCCCGUCGUCGCAGAAAGCCCGUCUUACACGCCGCGGUGGUUCAUCUUACGCGAAAAAUGUAAAGCCCUAUCGGCGCGAACGCACUGUAUUGACAAUGACUAGGACCUCUUCGAGGGGCUGAGGCGCCUCCGUGGGCUCGUAGAAUGCGCGUCGUCGUUUAAUUCAUGUUGGAAACGUAGGUAAUUCAAUUAGGAAAGAAAGCAUGGAGAUUGUAUCGGGCAACAAAUUGUUGAAGCACAGGAAGGUCCAUUUCACGCGCAGCCUGAAAACUAAGAGUUUGAACCGGAACCACGGGGUCAAUAACAGGAGUUUACGUUGUUUGGGGCGGUCGAACUCGCUGAGGAGUUCCUUCAAAAAUAAUAAGAGCAAAAACGAUAUUAACAACAUCAUUAACAACAACGGAAACCGUCCGAAGGAGGAGGUUUGCUUUGGAGAAUUUACCAGAGAGGUAUACAAUGCUAUUUGUGUCCGAUUGGGUGAUACACUUCACAUUCCCGAAGAAUCUGUACAGGCCUUAUUCAACGAUAUGAAACUAUUUCCGUCCAAAUCUCAAGUGGCGAAAAUGCUCCAGUGUGCGCGACAAUGCGGUAGACGAAAUGGUGCCAACGACUACAUCACAUUCGGGGAGUUUUGUGUCUUUGUCAAGGAGAUGCAAAACCAGAAUCCCAAACAUCAGAGACGGUCUACACCUCCCAAAACGAAUAAUUCUACAAUUAAAUGUCCGAAUAACAAAUGCGACGUUUUUCUGGGAGGCUCGUGCAAUCCAACAACAUGGCGAGCAGACACUGCCAUUCCGGAAUUGAAAAAGCACGGCAUCUCUUAUUACAAUCCGCAAGUGUCAAUGUGGGCCCCGGAACUCGUCGCCCAAGAGUACAACGCGAAACAGGCAGCUUCAGUUUUACUUUUUGUGAUAGAUAGCCAGACUCGGAGUACAGUCGGAAUGAUCGAAGUAGCUUACCUGGUGGCUUCCGGCCGAUGCGUGGUUGUAGUCGCACAGCCGUACGAAAGAGGCCAAACCAUAAUGGGAGAAGUCAUCACUGAUAGUGAGUAUGCAGAUUUGAUGAAAGGUCAAAAAGUUUUAUUGGAAUUGGUAAAAAGCAAAGGUGUCAAGAUUCACACGAACUUGUCAACUGCUUUGCAAUGCACCGCCAAUAUUUUAAGAAAUUCUUCCAUGAGCGGUACGAGCGCCGAGGAACAAAUUACGUAUAAACUCAGGAAACUGAGAGAAGUGUAUGACUCCUAUGGAGGCGAUAUGAAACUUAUCAAUGUUUUAGAAGCUUACGAGAAGCUGACGAAUCGUUCGCUGGAGAUCAGUCGUCUGUACAAUUAUUUCAAUCCGCAAAACGAUUACAAAACAAAUUCGACGAUCAGCUUCGAGCGAUUUUGCGCACUGAUGGCCGAAUUUUCGACGACCGACAAAUGCGAAAUGUGUACGACAGAUGUGUGGGCAACGCAGCCCUUCCAACGAAAUUGCUCCAACAACGCGCCAUGCAAUCUCAACAACGUGCAAGCGAAUUGUUUGGUCGAAGAAGUGCCUCUCGAGCCCGACAACGAUUUAAUACCCAAAAGUGAUAUUUUCUUGGGCGGAUCGAUGGGCUCCGAAUCGAAUUGGAGGAGCGACAUAGCAAUUCCUUUGAUAAAGAAACACGGUUUAAGUUACUACAAUCCAACGUUGAGGGAAGGAAUCGAUGGCUUUGUCGAAAACGAAAAUGGCUGUGAUGAUGCUAGAUUUGUCAGAUGUAACUCGUCCGAUGUUUUAGAAUGGAAAAGAGCUUUGGAUAAAAGCGAAGUUCUUUUGCUCGUCAUAACGAAUGAUACGCGAUCGAUGACCAGCAUAAUUUUGGCAGCUUUCUACAUGGGCCUCAACAAAGAUAUGGUCCUGUGCGUGCAACAUCUCGCCAGCGAGGAUUGUAAAAUAGGCAAUGAAACGUUGACGAAAAACGCCAUCAAAGACUACAACAGAGCGAGGGUUUAUUUAACGGACUUAGCCAGUAGAAAGCAAAUACCUGUGUUCGAUAACAUCACUAAAGCCGUCGAGUGCGCGAUCGAAAAGUGCAAGAGCAGGUAGAAUGUUUGUCUACAGCGCGAGGUGUUAAUAUUCUUUUACGUAAAAUCGCCCGAUUUAAGAAUGCUGCUCUCUUUAUUUCGUUUCGUUUCGAUAAAUAUUAUUUACAAAAAAUACGUUUCAUCACGCGAAUUGGCCAGUUACUAGAGUUUAUGUAAUUGAGAUCUGGUUGUAGGGCAAUUGUACAAACUUGAAUUUUGUGAUUUUAUUGGCUUUAGUGCGGUUUGUGGUUGCUCUUCAAACGGACCUGCUUCAGCUGAAUAGUUUUUACAGUAGUCAAAUUUAAGGUAAAUACUAUGUUACAGUUGAUCACAGUUUAAUGAAAUUGUAGGAACUGGCCUAAAUAUUUUAUUUAUUUAGAGUGUUUUAUAAUGAAUAAGAAAUUGUCAAAAUUGGACUUACCAUUCGUUAUCAUCCGUUAUUAUCUUUGUUAACUACUAAAAAAUCCAUAAGUAAUUAUUACAUGAAUAAUAAAUUUAAUAAUUUUUAUUAAUUGAAUUACCUAUUUGUUAAUAUUAGUUUCGUGGUUAUACAAUUAUUGUGUGUGAUUUUUUUAAUACACUAUGUCUACAACUAUACUAUAUUUUUUCUUACGUAAAUUAAAAUAUUUUCAAAACGUACAUACUAAUUAUUUAUUAAUAGUUUUUUUCUAAAUUAUAUAAAAAAAUCUCCACUGAUUCUUAAUACAAACUUAAAAAAGAUGAUUUAAAAAAAUCCCUACAUUUUUAUCACAUUUGGGUAUAGUUGUAUAACAUUUCGUGUUUAUUUUCUGAUAUUAAAAUAAAUAUAUAUUAUACAAAAAACAGCAUCACCAUAUUUUUCUUCUAGGUUAAUAGUUUUCACAAUUUUUAUAUACGCAUAUUUAGGAAAGUGAAAAAGUUCGUUAUAAGUUAAUUUAUUUAAUAUUUUUAUGAGAAGGAAUUAACAGUGCAAUCUUGUAAAGCUAUCACAUUUCAUAAUUCAUGUACUUAAAGUGUUAAGUUUUGUUUUAUUUGUAGAGUGUAUGAAAUUUGCAUUUAUCGUAAAAAGUAAACCUGACGAUUGUUUUGUAUAAUAUUCUCUCAAAUUGUUUAGAAGUUAUACGCAGUGUGUCCCAAAAAUUUAAGUAUUUUGGUUUUUCUUAUACACCAUCAUUUACUAUUUUUCAAAACCUUCCAACAUUUUAGAAAAUUUAAUUCCUAUUUGAGAAUUAACAUUUUUUGAGAUGCAUUGUUCAUGGAAGUUUUUCAUCAGCUAUAGAGCAGCUGUAAGUUAAACGUGGGUUUACUUUUUUCUCACCAAGUGCCUAAAAUAUCCCAUAUUGCACCGACCAACUAGCUAUGGGGCAUUAAGUAUUUUUAUUAGAAUGACUAUUGAGAGUUUUAUUGAUGUGUAUGGGAAUAGCGUAGAUCCAGUAUUUUAUCUUUUAUUCCUUAUUUGUCGCCAGAGGAGAUUUUUAACCAACAUUCUGAAACUUUGUUUUCGAUACUCUUUGGAAUAUCAUAGUAAAAAAAUGCUCCAGGCGUUUUCUCAUCAUGUCGUUUCUGCUUUCUAUACUUUCUUGAGAAUAUUCACUUGUACAAAUAAGAAAACAAAUUCUAUUUUUACACUGAAAAGUGUAUUAAAAACGAAGUCAUUUAUUUGUUGGUCAAAAAUACUCCUUAGAUUGGGAAUGCUACAGUUUUGUAUAUUACUGCCCAUUAGGAACGAUGUUUUUGAGACGCUUGCGUCUCCGGAUUGUAUAGUACCUGAGCAAAAUAUUAGGAAGUUGGUUUCUAUUUAUUGUUUAUAUUGGGUGGUGUGAAAAUAAACAUUUUUCUUUAUCAAAAUGGAAUAGAUAUGCAAGAUGAACCACACGUCAUUGCAUGGAGUCGCUUCGAGAUGUGUUAUAUUUUCACGAAAACCCUGUAUAUUUUUAUAUUUAAUUAGAAUAAUUGAAUCUCACCUACUAAUAAUCGUGUAAACUAAUUGUUAAUAAAAUUAACUUGUUUAUAUGUAAAUUGAAAAAUAAAACGUUGGUAUUUGGAAACAUUAUUUGGCAGCAAAAUCUUCAGUUAUAACAAAUGGCUAAUUUUUAGCACUU